GUAGGUAUUUAUGGUUUAUGUCAUCAAAUCUAAAUGAAGCAUGAAGCGGAGCUAUAAAUAAGAAAUAAAAGUGUUGUAUUUGUGAAUAAGGAUAAGAAAAAAUGUCGCGUAAAAUAUAUAAUUAUUAGAGUUUUAAGAUUUUAAAGAAAAUAAGUUUUUGUGAUUUUGAUUCUCCAAACUCGUUUUCAAUAAACACUCAUCAAGAUGAUGUUAACAAUGCAUGGACUACCACCUAAAACUAAAUACAAUGAGAUUAAGACUCUAAUAAAAGAAAAAUGUAAUAUAACCGAUUUUAUUCUUGGCACUUUGGGUGUUGAUGAAGAUAGAACGAAAAAUAUAAGAAUCGGAGUAGCCUCUGAUAGGGAAGGAGAUGUUAUUAUGAAAUAUUUGGAUGGGUAUCGAUAUUCCGGCCAUGUAUUGAGAAUAGUUCCCAUUGGAAAACCUGCUAAUGAAACACCUCAAGUGAAUCAAUGGUGUAACCAACAGCCUGAAAGUAAUUAUGCAAAUCCUAUGAACCCAGGCCAACAAGGUGUUUGGCCAGUACAAACCAACCAGCAAUGGUCAAAUACCCAACCGAUACAACAGCAAGUGCCUGUACAAAAUAAUUAUGAAUAUGUUCAACCAAUGGUUGGACAACAAAACUACUAUCACCAGGAUCGUUUUCCCCAUAAUCGGGGACCACAAGAUGGUUUUUCACAUAACAUACCUUCUAAUUUGAUUGAGCCUCCAAGAGGUAAUCAGCCCAGGCCACAUGCACCAAUUAACAUAGUUGUAACUGACCAACAACAAAACAGACAACCAAUCCAAGAAGGAAGAUAUCCAAAUCAGGGUUACAAUCCUGAAAAACCGCAGGCUAUAUCAAAACAAGGCUUCCAAGGACCAUCACACAUGGGCCCACAGCCCACACAGCCUGGACCAGCAUAUAUCCAAGGUCACCAGUGGCCGUCACAAGGACCACAAGAUACUUCCAGAUUCCAAAAACAAAAUCCACCGCAAUUUGAGAAAUCUUCUAACAAAAUCAUAGAACCAGAAAAAAGACAAAUUUUACCGCAUAACCAAGAAAGGAAUAUUGAACACCAAUAUGAGAAAGGUGGAAGGCGGUUUUCACCACCUCGAGAUCACAAGGAUUCCAACCAUGGUCGCAGGGUGUCACCACCUGGACAUAGAAUUUCGCCAAACGGCCACAGAAUUUUGCCAUCUGGCCGAAGAAUCUCGCCGCCUCCAAGAAGUUCUCAAUUUAAGGAUGGGAUUUCGCCCACGGGACGCCGAUUUUCUCCACAGCGUCAAAUCCAUCCAUCAGGACGCCAAAUGUCGCCAACUGGACGUCAAAAUUUACAACCCGGAGGCCAUCUUGGACGCAGAAUUUCACCCCCUGGUCGCCGAUUUUCACCUCCUGCACCGCAAAUUUCGCCAACUGGUCGUCAAAAUUCGCAAUCCGGCCGUCAAAAUUUUCAACCGGGACGUAGAAUUUCACCACCAGGCCGUCGAUUUUCACCACAUGGUCGUCAAGUUUCACCAUCUGGACGAAGAAAUUCGCCACCUCCACGUCAAAUAGCACCUACUGGUCGUCCAAUUUCGCCAUCAGGUCGAAGAAUGUCACCAUCUGGACGAAGAUUUUCGCCAUCGGGUCGUCGAACUUCGCCAUCGGGUCGUCGAACUUCGCCACCGGGACGGCAAUUUUCACCUAUUGGUCGAAGAAGUUCACCACGAGGACAAAGAACGUCGCCUUCGGGCCGGAGAAUAUCGCCCAUGGGACGUAAACUUUCACCAUCUGGAAGAAGAAAUUCUCCUGAACGUUCAUUUUUACCACCUGGACGUAGAGUUUCCCCAGGCCGUGGAAUGUCACCAUCUAGUCGUAGGAUUUCACCAACUGGACGAAGAAUGUCUCCAGGCAGAACAUCUCCUGAAAGAAGAGUUUCACCCGGGCAUAGGAUUACUCCAAUGAAUAAAGGGCCUCAAGGUGACAGGCAUAUGCCACAGAGAAUGUCACCAGGCAAGCCGACAAUGGGUAGGAAGAUGUCACCAGGCCGAAACAUUUCUCCAAAUUGUGGGCCUCCACCGAGGUCAUUUGAUAGGUAUUCACCGUCCCGCAAUCCAAUGGACAAUAUAAGAGGUGGCCCUAAAGAAGUGAGACCCGCAUACGCUGCUAUGACCCAGGCCCAAAAACAACCUAUGUACUCAGGUGGCUACCCUCCCGACAGCCGGGAAACUGAACAAUAUCCACCAGGUCCACGCAAAGGCGAUCAACGGCCCGAAUGGCAAGAAAGACAAAAACCAUAUCAGCCUCCAGCGAAGCCAGUUGAAGACAGGCGAGAUAUACCUGGAGUGCAGAAGUAUGACUCGCGAAGGGGAGGAGAUUACUCAAGGCCGGUAAUAAAUCAGCCUGAAAACAAGGUCUCAUCACCGGGUCGAAUGUCGCGUUCUCCUAAUCGAAGAGACCGUUCUCCUACUAGAGAUCGGUACAGAAGACAUUCUCCUUCACCAAGAUCUCCACGUCGCUCCUGGGCAUUGGAAAAAAGGCGUAGUCCCAAUAUCAUUGAGCCACCACCUCCACCGUCUUGGCCCGAACGUCAAGAAAACGUGUACAAAUCAAGUCGUCAACACGAUGAAGAGAACAUCAAGAAAUCUGUCUGGGAUAGGCCCGAAGCCCAAAAGAAACAAGAAGUUAAUUCAACAUUCUUCCGCAAAGAAGAACGUCACAAUUACGAUCAAGAAGAAAAAAAAUAUUUUGGAAGCACAUCACGAACUCAGUGGGAUUCACGUGAUCAACCUAAACAAGACGAUGAGCUUCGAGAUCGAUCACCGCUUCGGUCGAGACCGUCUGAUCGUUAUUCACCAACUCAAACGAUAUCAAAAUUACCUCGUGAAGAUUAUGAUAUGACAGAUCGGAAUGAGUUUGAACAACAAAGUCCUCGAUAUCAAGAACCUCGGGGGGAGCUAUACCAGAAGAGAGAAAAGAUCAAAGAUGAUUAUGACGAAUUUCGCCAUAAAAGAGACAAUUACCGUCAAAACUUCGAUGACAGAGAAGAGGAAUUGUAUAUGGGGCAGGAAAAUUUGGAUAGAGAAAUAGAAGAUGUCUAUAACAGAGCCGCUGAACUUACAAGAAAAACUGAAGAAUAUCAAAGAAACAGAAGUUCAAAGACAAGAUUUAACCCUGAUUAUGAACGUCGAGUAGAAGACGAUGUUUUUGGUAUAAAAGACGGGCCUUCCAAGCAAGAUUUUUACGAAGCUUCUCACUCUAAGUUUGAUAAAACUCCAAGACAUAUGGGUGAAACUGUUAUUGUGGAUUUAGCCCCGGCAGUUCAAUAUAAAAGAGAUAAAGCUGUUGAUGACUUAACAGGAAAAGUAUUAAAGAAAUUUGUUCCAAAUGUCAAAGGAAAAGUUAGAGACGAUAUUGAAGAACAACUCAAGAUUUUGAUAGAGGACAUGAUUUUUGAAAUGUUUGGCGACAAAGACGUGUCUUUUAUAGAAAUAGUGAUCAAGUUUGAAGAAAAACAUGGCACCAAAGGUAUGGAGAAGAUAUUCGACAAAGUCAUAUCGAAGUUUCCGAUAGAAAUCAGACUGAUGAAGCGGCCUGCACCAGACGUAUCGACAAGUCCUAUUGAAAUUGCAAGAAGUGCUUCUACAGGCAGUAUGAAAGAUAUCGAAUUACCCGAUGAUUCAAACAUUUCAGAUUGGAAUAUGAGUAGUAUGGUUACGUCGCAAGAGUUUGAUCAGGCGUCUGUUAUGGCGCCUGUUCUGUCUAUGGUUCCUAUGAUGGUCCCUGUGGUAAUGGCACCUAUGGAACAAACCCCGAACAACCAAGAGGAUCCGCCCCAAGAAGGGUAUUGCUUGUAUUUGUGUAAGGAUAAUUUUGAAGCUAUCAACGAGGAACAAGGGCAAUUUUUAAAAGAAUAUAUUGUAAAAAGUAUAAUAGAAGCUUCAGAACGAUGUAGCGAUGGUUGGACGCCAGAUUUGAUUUUGAGGGGAGUGCAGAAAGAAACUCGGUACGUGGUUUUUACUAGGGAUGAAUUGUCUAAGAAUUGGUUGUUAAAGCUUGAUUUUUCGAAAUUCGCCUAUUUUAAUGUCAUAGUUUAUACAUCAAGCGAUCUUGAAAACGAGCGUGCCGCUAUUUGGCUUCCGGGUUUUCCGAAAUCAAGAAGUAUACUCCCAUUGAAGAAGCUUAUAAUGCAGAAUAAACAUUUAGAAAAUGUUAAUAUCCAUACGUGGAAAUUAGUUAGAGAGAUCAUCAUCGAGAAGGGGACGAGGUUAUAUGUUGAUAUGCCUCCGUCUGCGGCUCUGGCUUUGGAAAAGUAUAAUAUGACUUUAAGCUACGAACUUCAGAAAGUCCAAGUGUUCCUGAGAACGGUCGCAAUCGACAAGGAUGCGUUUGAUGCCGGACUAGAAGAGAUAUCAGCAAUCGGUUCAUCAAAUCUGUACCAAAAGAAUGCUCCGAUGCCGGCCAUAGACCCCGAUGCACCAGAUAUUCUUAAGCUUUGUCUAGACAAUACGCCAGUUAGCCUCUCCACUGCUCGUAAGAUUAAAGAAGAAUUGAUAUUACAAAUAUAUAAACAUAUUAAAGACGGCGGUAAUAGUAAAACGGAUUUCCUCAAAUACGGAUACUGUCAGCCGGGUUACUUUUGCGUAAUUCCUGAAAAUGCGGAAACAGCGAAUUGGGUGAAGAGUUUACGCAUGCGUAAAUUCAAUAAUCACACAAUUACGGUUUGUGAAACCGAAAAGAUAAGCGUUAAACAUAUUACGAUGACUUGUUUAUUGCCGUACGAACAGUCCCUAACUGCGAAAAAGGUAAUAGAAAAGUUCAAAAUGUGCAAUCGUGGUGUUAAAGGGCUCAAGUUUAAUCUAUGGAAGAAUGGUCUCCUUUACGCAACGAAAAACAAUACGAAAAUGAGCUAUCGGGCAGAUGUCGAUCUCGAGUCUGUGGAGUCACUAAUAAAAUUAAAUUUUAUUCUCGAUUAUUCAAAAGAUUAUAUAAAAAGUGAAACUGUUUAUAUGAAAUGUCAUUAUAAAGUUAAAAAACUUAAAGAUAUGAUAAAAACAUUUAAAGAAGAAACGACGGAUACUCUGCGCGUUAUCAAUAUGGAUAUAUCAUCUGACGAAGAUGAUGUCAUUUGUCUUGAUUAAGACAAAAUGUGAAACUAUUGUUAGAAGUUAACACUUAUUUUUUGUUUAUAAAUGUACAUUGCAUAAUUGUAUGUAAGUUAAGUAAAUUAAACUUAAAAUUACUAAAAGCAAUAACGUAUUUUUUAUCAUCACAAAGGUUCAAUAAGGAUAUACAGAAUAUUUUUAAGUGUUUACUUCUUUCUUAGGAAGGAAGAAUUUCUUAAAAUUGAGUAGCUAUAAUUAGUUAAUAAGCGUUCAAAUUGUCCCAUGCGUCUCGUAUGAUAUGGAAGUAACAUAAUCAACCAUCAAUAUAUGGUAAUCACAGUCCGAAUUCAAUUAGGGUCUUCGUUUAUAAAUUGCCAGUUAAUAUAUCGGGUCAAACGUAAAUUUUUUUCAUUCUCACACAAACUGAAAUGUUCGUCGGGCGUUUCGUAAUCCAUAUGUCUUUACAAAAGAUUUUUGUUAUUCUAUGAAGGGUAAAAGGCUUUUAUCAUAUGCAUCGGUCAUUAUAAUGAAUUGUUCCAGUCAUUUUGUAAAAAUACAUCAUCUUUGAAUAUGAUGUAAAAGAAAAAAGGUAAGUUGUAUAUCAGCUAAUUUAUUAACGACUACCUUCAAUAAAAUAAUUUUUAAAUGAAAUAAU